CACCCCAAACACACAACCGAAACACAGAACCACAACAGUCAGUGUCCAAAUAUUUUAAGUUAUAUUGAAACUAAAGCAUUCUCUUCAUGAAGGCAAGAUUUCCACAUUAUUUUAUUUAUUGUGUGAUCCCUGAUGUUUCAGCUGGCUCCAUGAAUGUUUAAGCAGUAUAUAACACAUACCAGUGUAUCAAUACCUGUAAGAUAUUUUUCCUCUCCGAGUCUGCUCUGAUGUUUCUGUAAGUCAUAAAGAAUAGCAUCCACUAUUAUAACCGAGAAAGUGUUAAACCAGCAGUUUAUCUGGAAUUUUUAGGCAUUAACUAGGCAUUAACAGCUUCAUUUUACAGACAGACUAUUUGUAAAAAUGUCAAAAUCUUUCUAUCCACUUAUAGAACACCACACAAAAAACCAAAACAAAAUAACACAAAAAAAUAAACAACAAAAAAAAGCAUAACACUAGCAAGUUCCAAACACUUUUCAACAGUAUAUAUAUUCCUCUGAAGGUGUCUUCCUUUCCCGAAACAAGAAAAUAUGUUGAAAUACUGUAUCCUUAAUAGUUAAAGAUAUGGUUAAGAGAGCCGAAUCUUUAUCCAUAUUCAAAGCUCAGCCAUGAAAUUGUGUUACUUCCUUGUCUUUGAAAUCAAUUUACGACAAAAAUACUCUAGCUGCUCACUCGGUUUCUGUCCUAAUCCGAAGAAAACCCCCCAAAGAGUAAGCCUGCAGUACGGGGGAGACUUUUUAUCUACGCGUUUUAUUUUAAUUUAGAAGGAAAAACAAAAGUUUGCCGUUCCCGGGGUCUCUCUGGCUUCACAACGCGGGGUUAAAAACAGCUUUUCUCGGCCAUCUGUGGUCCAAACAGCAAGAAACUUGCCCGAAUGAAAGUCCACCGUCUUCUCUUCACUCUCCGAAGAAACCGGGGUGAUUUUACGGCGCCCGUUUUACGAAAAAUAUGAAUUUAUAACUCCGAAGAAACACAGACUCGGAGGAGGAAAAGCUCUUCCUGGCUAACAGUUAGGCGGGCUCUGCAAAGCACCAAUCACAGAUCACCGCUUCGCUAUAAAUUCAGGCAUCGGGGUUACUGUAGCCCAAUUACUUUCUUUUGAUUAGGAAGAAGUCUCUGCAGCGAUGUCGGAGACCGCUCCCGCCGCCGCUCCCGCUGUCGCGGCCCCCGCCGCCAAGGCCGCCGCCAAGAAGCCGAAGAAGGCGGCGAGCGGCUCCAAAGCCCGCAAGCCCGCGGGGCCCAGCGUCACCGAGCUCAUCACCAAGGCCGUGUCCGCCUCCAAGGAGCGCAAGGGGCUCUCCCUCGCCGCGCUCAAGAAGGCGCUGGCCGCCGGCGGCUACGAUGUGGAGAAGAACAACAGCCGCAUCAAGCUGGGGCUCAAGAGCCUCGUCAGCAAGGGCACCCUGGUGCAGACCAAGGGCACCGGCGCCUCCGGCUCCUUCCGCCUCAGCAAGAAACCCGGGGAAGUGAAGGAAAAAGCCCCUAAGAAGAGAACGGCUGCUGCCAAGCCCAAGAAGCCGGCGGCUAAGAAGCCCGCCAGCGCUGCCAAGAAGCCCAAGAAGGCGGCGGCGGUGAAGAAGAGCCCCAAGAAAGCCAAGAAGCCGGCGGCUGCAGCUGCCAAGAAAGCAGCGAAAAGCCCUAAGAAGGCGACAAAGGCUGCCAAGCCCAAAAAAGCGGCGGCAGCAGCGAAGAGCCCGGCUAAGGCGAAGGCGGUGAAGCCCAAAGCAGCCAAGCCCAAGGCGGCCAAGCCGAAAGCAGCCAAGGCAAAGAAGGCAGCUCCCAAGAAAUGAAGUGUUGAAGUGGAAAUACUUUUAAACCCAACGGCUCUUUUAAGAGCCACCCACUAUUGUCCCCAAAAGGGCUGAUACACUCCGGCACUGAGGUCGGUGCCUGCAGCAGAGCCAACUAUUCGCCACUAUCUGUGUGGGACGUUCGUCUGUGGAGUGGAUGGGACGCUAAACUUCCGGCCGUGGUUUUACACUAGGACUUGGAAAAAUAAAAGUUUACAUUCCC